UUACAAUAUACAUCAAAACCUAUCUUCAGGCAUACUGUCAAUACCCAGUUGAAUAUGGCACAAUCGGGAAAACGCCAUUGUAUUUAGCAUUUAUAGCAAGCCAUAUUUUCUUUGUAAACGUUAAUUUAUCUAUUUAUUUAUUUAUUUGCAGAUUUAAAAUAGCUGUUAUUAGUCAUAAAAAAAGAACAACAAAGUUGUGCUUUUUAGUUUAGUACAGUUUAGUUUUAGUUUUGUAAAGAGUGUAAUUCGACUAUUACACGAGCGGCAAUUAGUUUUGGUCAGCGCCGCUUUCCGUAACCCAACCACUUACGUCACACAUAACAAGUAUGGCGGCGCCCUCUGCGGUGCAGCGCCCGAGUGUGUUGGCAGACAAGCGUUAAAACGCAAGUAAUGAGAACGAUUUCCGGACGUCAACUAUCGUAGCUGGCUGGUAAAAUAGUUAAGUGAAGAUUUUGCCAUUUUUCGUCGUGACAAAUGGCUUUACAGCGUUUGCUAUGCGGGGCACUGGAAUGUCGCUCCAGACAGUUUCGACUGGCUAAUAUUCAUCAAAAGGUCUUUCAAAAUGCGUCGAUGUCGACACAGACCUCUGUUGCAGGUCUGUGCAGCAGGAUUUUCGUCCACACAAACCGCCUGGGUGUAGCUCACAAAGAGCUGGUUGGCCGCCGCAGCCUCUGCACCUUCACCCAGCCCUCCAGAGACGUCACCCUGUUCGAGCACGACAGGACCCGCUUCUUCCGGCUCAUGUCCCUCUUCUGCGGCGGACAGUUUCUCUUCUGGACGUACCUGGGCCACUUCGCUUUCACCGGGCUCAGAGACACACGGGCCUCUACAGAGAAAGCGAAAGCCAACGCUCCCACCACCACCACCACCGGCCUAGCUGGGAUGUGGAGCUUUGAGAUGAACCUGGGCUCAAACACCUGGAGGUACGGCUUCACGCUGGGAUGCCUGUCAAUAGGAGCAGGGAUAAUCGGGCUCGGGCUUCUGUUUUGCCGGCGCUCUGUCAGCCAGGUGGUUUUACACAAAGGUGGGAGGAUGGUGACAGUUUCCACACAGUCACCUUUGGGACCAGGCCGAAGGCGGAGAAUAACAGUCCCGCUGUCCCAGGUAGCUUGUCACGCUCACAGGCAUGAGUCCCCGUCCUUCAUCCCUCUCAGGAUCAAAGGACACAAGUUCUACUUUCUUUUGGACAAAGAGGGUGUCGUAAACAACGUUAGGCUGUUUGAUAUCACUGUUGGGGCUUACCGGCCAGUGUAACUUGUGGUACACCAUUAACAAAACUGCGUUGAACACCAAUGGGACACCAAUCCACUAAUGUGAUUUUACAUGGCUGCCAAACAAAUAUGUCAGUUUCUGUUUGAUUGUCUUCAAUUAAAUAAAAUCUGAGCUCAAAUAUGGACUUUUUCAAGUGAACUCAUGCCUAUGAAUCAUGAAAUACUUUAGAGAGGUGUUUUAAAAUAUAUUUUAAAUGUCCUGAGAAUAAACAGUGAGUAAUGUGAAAUCUAAUUAUACAAGUAUCAAACUGUUUCAAUGAAUCUGCUGUGAAAUUUAACAGAUUGACAUGUUUGCAAUUUCUGCGUGUGUGUGUGUGUGUACUUAUACAUACAGUGAUCUGCUCCAUGAGAACAGCAUUGGUGGCCUCUGUUUCAUGCAGGAGGCUGUUCAUGUGCUCCAUACUGCGGGUGGCUGUGCUCAGUUUUUGACUUAGUUCUUCUUUGGUAGGCUCCACCGUCCAAACAAACGGCUCUAGAGACCAAACCAAGUUAAAAUGUCACGGUUAAAGUAAUCAUGUCUUUUACUUAUUACACGGCAUGGAAGAUCAUGUUUUGUCACAGUGAAAAAUAAAU